AUAAAAUAAACAUUUUAAUAUUUUUCACUCUUUUACUCUGUAAUUUGCUAAAGAGAAAAAAAAAAAAAAAACACAGAGGAAAAGAAAAGCAAAGAAAACCCAUUUUUCAGAGUAUAAAAAUAAAGAAAAUGGGAGCUUAGAAGAAUCUUCAAAACUUUUUUUGUUUUGUUUUUUUUUUGAGCUCUUUUUACAAUAUGAACUUUUUUCAAUGAUUACCCAAACCUUACCCACAAUUUUUUUUCAUGGCUUGUUCAAGUCACCAUUCAUUGGAGCAAAGUCAAGAAGCGUUUUCAUGGCUGAAAUCCAUGCCUUUAGCUCCAGAGUACAGGCCUACUUUAGCAGAGUUUCAAGAUCCAAUUGCAUACAUUUUCAAGAUCGAAAAAGAGGCUUCCCAGUAUGGAAUCUGCAAAAUCAUACCGCCAGUACCACCUGCUUCUAAAAAGACAGCAAUUGGGAACCUCAAUCGUUCCCUUUUGGUUCGUGCUGAAGCUAAUGCAAGCUCCGAUUUGAAGCCAACACCCACAUUUACUACUCGUCAACAACAGAUCGGGUUUUGCCCCAGAAAGCCCCGACCUGUUCAGAAACCGGUAUGGCAAAGUGGGGAGUACUAUACUUUCCAAGAAUUCGAAGCUAAAGCCAAAAGUUUCGAAAGGAAUUACUUGAAAAAAUACAGCAAGAAGGGUACCCUUUCAGCUUUAGAAGUUGAAACCCUUUUUUGGAAAGCAACGGUUGAUAAACCUGCCAUGGUUGAGUAUGCUAAUGACAUGCCUGGUUCAGCUUUUGUGCCAUUGAACCCAAAGAAGAGUAGUGGAGGAGGGAGAGAAGCAGGGGAAGGGGUUACAGUAGGAGAAACACCUUGGAAUAUGAGAGCUGUUUCGAGGGCUAAAGGGUCAUUGUUAAGGUUCAUGAAGGAGGAGAUUCCGGGGGUUACUUCCCCUAUGGUGUACAUUGCAAUGUUGUUCAGUUGGUUCGCUUGGCAUGUUGAGGAUCAUGACUUGCAUAGCUUGAAUUAUUUGCAUAUGGGUGCAGGGAAGACUUGGUAUGGUGUGCCGAGGGACGCUGCGGUUGCUUUUGAGGAGGUCGUCAGGCUUGAUGGCUAUGGAGGAGAGUUCAAUCCUCUUGUUACCUUUUCUACUCUCGGUGAGAAGACCACAGUGAUGUCUCCUGAAGUAUUUCUUCAUGCCGGGAUACCAUGCUGCAGGUUAGUGCAAAAUGCUGGGGAAUUUGUUGUCACCUUCCCGAGAGCUUAUCAUUCAGGGUUCAGUCAUGGUUUUAACUUUGGCGAGGCGGCUAAUAUUGCAACUCCGGAAUGGUUGAGAGUGGCCAGAGAUGCUGCUAUUCGAAGAGCUUCAAUCAAUUACCCUCCGAUGGUCUCUCAUUUCCAGUUACUUUACGAUCUUGCACUUGAAUUAUGUUCAAGGAUACCUAUGAGCAUCAGUGCUAAACCUAAGAGUUCUCGACUAAAGGAUAAGAGAAAAAGCGAAGGAGAAAACUUGGUUAAAGAAUUAUUUGUGCAGAAUCUAAUACAGAACAAUAACUUACUUCAUAUUCUCGGAAAAGGAUCUUCAGUGGUAUUACUUCCCAAAAGUUCAUCUGACAUUUCUCUUUGUUCUCAUUUACGAUGCCAAUCAAGAAUAAACCCAAGGAUGUCACUCAGUUUAUACAAGGAUAUAAUCAAAUCAUCAAAAGACGUAGGUUCUGAUGAGACCGUCAUAGGUGGGAACGAAGAAAUCAAGGGAAUAAAAGGUUUCUAUUCAGUGAAAGGAAAUUUUGCUUCUAUGUAUGAAGGUAACCGAGAUUCUUCAUUUAGAGGAAAUGAUUAUUCAUGUAGAUUUCCAUCGCAGACUUCGAACACAACCAGGGAAAGAGACAGUGCCAUUCUAGAUGACGCAUUGCCCGAUCAGAGGCUGUUUUCAUGCGUCACAUGCGGAAUAUUGUGCUUUGCUUGUGUUGCUGUUCUUCAGCCAACCGAUCAAGCGGCUAGAUACCUCAUGUCAGCUGAUUGUAGCUUUUUUAAUGAUUGGACCGUUGGUUCUGGAGUAACCCAUGAUGGGUUCAAUGCUGCUCAUGGGGAUGCAAUCACUUCCGAGCAAAAUCCUUGUUCAAGGAGAAUGAAUAAAAGUGCUCCAAAUUCUUUAUAUGAUGUCUCUGUUCAGCCUGUUGACUCCAAGUUUCGGAUGGGAGAUCAGAGCAACCAGGUGCUGGAAGAUACUGAAAAACGGGGAGAGAGUUCUGCUCUCGGUCUAUUGGCUUCAACAUAUGGAAAUUCAUCUGAUUCUGAAGAAGAUCUCCCUGAACCAAAUGCUACCAUCUUUCAUGAUGAGACAAAUCCCACAAAUGUUUCACCAGAAAGGAAAAUUCAGUAUAAUGAUUCCGGUUUUUCUCCUAGUGAUGUGAACACAAGUCGUAAUCCUUCAUUAUCAAGGCUCGAUUCUGAGGAGGAAUCUCCAUUUGACAUCAAGAAUGGAAGCCCUGAAACAUUUGACCCUGAUCUUGAGUUUAAAACUGAUAAUCUUAUUUCAAGAAGAUCCAAUGGUUUGGAGGAUAAGUUUAGAGAUCCAAUGACAUCAUCACAUGUUAAUCCGAAUUACUCUCGAGCUGCUCAUGGCAUAGAGAAAAUGAGGUUUAGCAUGGCUGUCUUACCAAUGGAGAAUGUGGAUAUUCCAUUUGUUCAAAGGACGGACGAAGAUUCUUCUCGAAUGCAUGUCUUCUGUCUUGAGCAUGCUGUAGAAGUAGAACAGCAACUUCGCCAAAUCGGAGGAGUGCAAGUAUUUCUCCUUUGUCAUCCAGAGUAUCCAAAAAUAGAAGCAGAAGCAAAGUUGGUAGCUGAAGAACUAGGAAUUGAUUAUCCUUGGAAUGACAUCUUAUUUGGGGAUGCUACUAAGGAUGACAAAGAACGGAUCCAGUCAGCUCUUGAUAGUGAGGAUGCUAUACCUGGGAAUGGGGACUGGGCAGUAAAGCUUGGUAUAAACCUAUUUUAUAGUGCCAAUCUCAGCCGUUCUACUUUGUACAGUAAACAGAUGCCAUACAAUUGGAUUAUAUACAGUGCAUUUGGUCGAAAUUCUUCUGAUAGCUCACUGAAAAAGUUGAAUGUGUACGGGAGGAGGUCAGGCAAGCCGAGAAAAGUAGUGGUGGGAAAAUGGUGUGGUAGAGUUUGGAUGUCAAAUCAGGUCCAUCCCUUUUUAGCACAAAGGGAUUCUGAGGAACAAGAGCAAGAAAGAAGCUUCCAUGCUCAGGCAAUUUCGGAUGAAAAUGUUGAGAGGAAACCGGAAAAUGUUCCGAAAGCUGAAACAAUGAAGGUGGUUAAUAGAAAGAGAAAAUCGAGGGCAGAGAUCACACUGAACAAGAAAGUGAAACGUGUUGAGUCAGAGGGUGCAGUUUCGGAUGAUUCAUUGGAUGGUAGUUCUCUUAGGCAGCAACAGAUAGUUUUCAGAGGCAAGAAACCUAGACUGGUCAAGAAAGAAGAGGCAGUUUCAUGUGAUUUGCUCGAGGAUGAUUCUCUUCUGCGUCACUGGAAUCUCUCAAGAAAUAGAAGGGCUAAAUUUAUUGAAAGAGAGAAUGCAGAAUCAGAGGAUGCAGAAGAAGAUUUUACCCAUCAGCAGCAACGGAGCAAUCUCAGAGGCAGGCAUCACAAAUAUAUCGAAGAAGAUGAUGAAGUUUCCGGUGAUUUACACAAUGAAAGUUCUCUUAAGCAGUAUAGGAGAACUCCUAGAAGCUUGCAGGCCAAAUUUUUGGAUGGAGAAAAUGGUGUAUCUGAUGAUGAACAAGAGGAAAUUUCACAUAAGCUGCAUCGGAGGAUUCCAAGAGGCAAGCAAAUCAAGUCAUCCAAGAGGAACACAGCUGUCUCGGAUGAUUCCCUUAAGCAGUAUAGAAGAAUGCGUAAAGGCAAACAAACAAAGGUUUUCGAGAGAGAUGAUGCAAUGUCAGAUUAUGCAUCAGACGAUGAUUCUCAGUAUCAGAUUAGGAGGAUUCCUAGAGGUAAGCAAAUGAAGUGCAUGGAAAGAUAUGAUGCCUUUUCGGAUGAUUCAGUAGAGGAUAAUUCUCAACAGCAGCAUCGGAGGAUUCUUAGCAGCAAAGCGGCCAAGUUUACUGAAAGGAGGAGGGUUCAUAGAAGUCAGCUAACCGAGUUUAUUGAGACGGAAGAUGCAGUUUCAUCUGAUUCUCCAGAUGACAACAGUUCUCUCCGGCAGCCUCGGAGGAUUCCGAGAAGUAAGCAACCUGAAAUUCUUGAGAGGGAAGAUGCAAUUUCAGAUGAUUCGUUGGAUGGUUCUCAUCAAUCAAAUAGGAGCCUUAGAAACCGAAAAAAGAAAGGCCCGACACUAUGUCAAAUGAAGCGAGAAACCGCUCAGAAUGUAAAACAAGUGAAACGUCGGUCAACGGAACAGGUUAUCUCUCAGCGUGUGAAACAAGAGACUCCUCAGAAUCGGAACACCAAAACUAAGCAAACUGCCAGACACUGCAGUUCAUCAUCUGAUGAAGAUGAGAUAGAAGGUGGACCGAGCACACGCCUAAGGAAAAGAACCCGAAAGCCACUGAAACAGCCGGAAACAAAACCAAAAGAGAAGAAGCAAGCCGGUAAGAAGAAAGUGAAGAAUGCUUUGAAUUCGAAAACCUUAUCUGGUCAAAACUCUGCAAAAGUAAGGGACGAAGAAGUGGAAUAUCAGUGUGACAUGGAAGGCUGUUCGAUGAGUUUCGGCUCGAAACAAGCUCUAAUCCUACACAAAAGGAACAUUUGUCCAGUCAAAGGGUGCGGGAAGAAGUUCUUCUCCCACAAAUAUCUGGUUCAGCAUCGUCGAGUUCAUUUAGAUGACCGACCUCUUAAAUGCCCAUGGAAGGGCUGUAAGAUGACAUUCAAGUGGGCAUGGGCUCGAACCGAACAUAUCAGGGUUCACACAGGUGCUCGUCCUUACGUAUGCGGUGAGGAAGGCUGUGGCCAGACAUUUCGUUUUGUGUCGGAUUUCAGUCGUCAUAAACGGAAAACUGGGCACUCUGGGAAGAAAGGUAGAUGAUAAAUUUAGAAGGAAGGGAAAACUGUAAUUUUAACAUUGUAAUGAACCUGUCAUUGAAUGGUAGGCUAGGGUUAGGAUUUCACCAUUGUUGUCAUUCAGGAAACUGUUAAUUAUGUUCUGUCUUGGGAUUUCAUUAAGCCCCAUUCAUUUACUCUCAAAUUAGAGCAAUUGGUUGGAUCUUGAAUCA